CCAGACUGAUAGUAGUUACAUCCUCUCUUGACUAAUACUUUUCACAAAUUUUUACUCAAAAAAAAUACAGCCAUAGUUUGAAUUCAUGUGCCAAAUCUCACUUAUAUAACUCAUGCUCAAAAAGCUAUUUCUACAAUCUCUCUCUCUGAAACCAUCCAAGAAAAUCAGCUACUGCAAGCAAAUGGCUGCUUCUCUUCACUCAAAAGGGCUCAUUCUGCAACUGAUCAUAUUGGCUCUUUGCAUAGCCUUCUCCACCUUGCACGCGAGUGAGCCGCCUCUAACCUUAGAUUACUACAAAUCCACGUGCCCCUCCGUGCUUGAAGUCGUCAGGAAAGAAAUGGAAUGCGCGGUGCUCUCUGAUCCGCGCAAUGCAGCCUUGAUCCUGCGAUUGCAUUUCCAUGACUGCUUCGUUCAGGGAUGUGAUGCAUCAGUGCUGCUGGAUGACACAAUCACACUCAAGGGAGAGAAGAAGGCAUCCAACAACAUACAUGCCUUGAAGGGAUUCAGAAUCAUCGACAGGAUCAAGAACAGGCUUGAGUCCGACUGCCCUGCAACCGUCUCCUGUGCUGACAUCCUCACCAUUGCUGCUAGAGAUGCAGUCAUCUUGGUUGGUGGACCUUACUGGCAUGUUCCUCUGGGCAGGAAGGACUCCAAAACUGCAGGCUAUGCUCUCAGCGAUGCCAACCUUCCCACAGCAGACGACGGCCUUCUCUCCAUCAUUCAAAAGUUCAUCUAUCAAGGCCUCUCAGUCACAGACAUGGUUGCUCUGUCUGGGGCUCACACAAUCGGCAUGGCUCGCUGUGUGAACUUCAGGGACAGAAUCUAUGGGGACUUCUCUUCAACUGCAGGAACGAAUUCAGUCUCAAAGAGCUAUCUGAGCAAACUGAAAUCAGUGUGCUCACCUGUGAAGGGAUCAUCGGACCAGAAUGAGUCAGCCAUGGACUACGUCACGCCCAAUUUAUUCGACAACUCCUACUACCAGAUGCUCUUGAGAGGAGAGGGACUCAUCAAUUCAGACCAACAACUUUAUUCCAGUCUUCUAGCAGUUGAGACCAAAAAACUUGUCCACAAAUAUGCUGAAAAUGCAGUUGCCUUCUUCGAUCAGUUUGCCGAAUCCAUGGUGAAAAUGGGGAAUAUUACGAAUCCUGAGACUUAUGCUAAUGGAGAAGUGAGGAGGAACUGCAGAUUUGUGAAUACAUGAUCAACUCUUCAAGUUUGCAUCUGUCUUAGAAUUUCUGCCAAAUCAAGAAUGGAGUUGAUGCGUCACUUAUUUCAUUAUUUUUGUAUUCAUCACAAAGAUUUCGUGUAUACGUAUACCACUUCGGUUUGAAUCAAUGUUUCGACUAUUUAUGGAAUUAUCCAUUUUGUUUUUUCUUUUA